AUGUUCGACACGUUUGUUAUCGAAGAAAAGCAUGGGUUCAAUAAGCAGACUCUGUCAUUCUUCCUCAGGGAUCAGGCGAAGAAGUUCGUUGUGUCGUUGGCCCUUCUACUGAUAGUUGUUGCCGGUGUUAUCUGGAUCAUCCAGAAGGGAGGCGACUAUUUCUUUGUCUACGUGUUUCUUUUCGCGUCUGCCGUUUUAUUCGUCAUUCUCACGAUUUAUCCAGAAUUCAUUGCGCCAUUGUUUGACAAAUACGAACUGCUGGCUGACGGGGAAUUGAAGUCAAAAAUCGAGCGACUUGCCGACAGCGUUCAGUAUCCCCUGAAGAAGAUAUUCAUAGUUGAAGGUUCGAAACGUUCAUCGCAUAGCAACGCGUACUUGUUCGGCUUUUGGAAGAAUAAACGCAUCGUGCUAUACGACACGCUUGUAGAAAGUAGACCACUGACAUCAUUGGAAUCAGACAAGAAGACGGAUACUGGUGGACAGGUGAUAAAUACGGCAAACGAGAGUACGAAAGAUAAAAAUAUUGAGGCGGAUAACAGAAUUCUCGGUAUGAAAGAUGACGAAGUAGUGGCAGUUAUUGGUCAUGAGUUGGGACAUUGGAAAUUGAGCCACAACGUAAUAAACUUGGUCAUUUCUGAGUUAACCAGUUCAGAGGAAGUAAACAUGUACAUGUUACAGCUCAUUGGUUAUUUGGGCAUCUGCUGGUCGAGGAAAAUGGAGUUUGCUGCAGACAAAUUUUCAGCUAGUGUUGGCUAUGCGCAACUGUUGCAGUCAGCUCUCAUAAAACUUUCCAAGGACAAUCUCAUAUUUCCCGUGGACGACUGGCUGUACUCUGCGUGGCAUUACAGCCAUCCUCCAAUCAUCGAGCGGAUUCGUGCUCUGAAGAAAUUUGAAUGA